AAGAGCCGAGAGAGGAAUAUUGAUACAUUUUCCUUUUACGUUUUGACGUGAUUAUACGUAAACAUGUAUCGAGCAAAGGUGAUCAUGGUGGCUUUAUUUUUGUGUUUUUAUUCAACAUCUGCGAUACCUCCACCGUAUCGUGGGGUAGACAAUUACCCAAAUAUAGAGGUCAGGCUAAUAAUUCAUAAAUUCGUAAUCAACACAACAGACGUCAUAUACGAAGACGAAAUAUCGACUGAAAUAUUAGGCGACAAGUUUGCGAUACAAAAUGUCACAGCAUCUGGAUUCAAAAACUGCACAGGGGAAAACGUCACACGUGGCAAGGCAUUGAAAUUCAAAUUAAACUGCCCACGCAUAGUAGCAGAAUAUGAGUCUGAAAGUUGUAAGCACAAUGUCAACAACACUGUCGAAAAAUGUGAAUUUGUUUACGAAAACGAAACUGUGCACGUCACAGCCGAUGUAAUUGAAGGUUAUCAAGAACCAGAUUUUGGCGCUUUACAUGUGAGAGCAGAAAAUUUAACUUUUAUUUCUACAGACGGCGGACCACCUCCAUCAAACCGCGCGUCUCUUAAAAAACAGCUGCAAUACCCAAUACUUGCGGCUUUCCUGAAAAAAGCAGAUUUGCUAGUACAUGAAUUUUUUUAAAAGCAUUUAAGUCAGUUUUGUGAUAUUUUUCAUAAAAAUAAUACAAAUUAAUCACCGUAUUGUAAUUGUCGAUUCCUUUUUAAAUAUUCUUCAGUAUUUCAAUAGACAAACAUUUCCUCCGAAAAUAAAAUUAUAUGAUGUAGGUAUUGUUUUCUACAGAUAUUGUAUUUAAAAAAAAAGUCUCAAUUUUAUAAAACUUUGUUUUCUUAAAAAUAUUUUUAAUUUUCAUCAGUUUUAUAAAUACUACUUAAAUAUUGCUUAAUAAAAUGAUAUUUUCACUAUUGCCAUCAUUGUAUGUAUACCACGACACAAUAAAUUAAUAGCAAAAAUAACUUCUACGAUGGCUCUAUAUUGUCUGAAGUUUUCUAAUGUGUUAUUUGUAGAGUAUUAUUAAUAAUUCAUAGGAAUCAAGUUUUUUGUACUAUACCUACAUAAAGAACCAAAGGUGCCAAUGGUGUGGCAUUAUCCUUCAACGCGUUGAAGUGUGUAAACGUUAAACAUGGGUGACAAAAAACUGUUCAUGUUUGUUUUUGUUGGAUUGUUAUAUGUCCACACAACAAACACAUCGGAAGAAGAAGACAUAGAAACUUUCAAUGUAGAUUACUCACGGGAAGUGAUUUCUAUAAAUGUGUACACAUUCUACAUUAAUACUACCGAUGAAAUACACGAGGAUGAAAUAACAUCUGAAAUAUCUGGUAAAGAAUAUGUUUUAGAGAAUGCCACUAUCACUGGAAUCAAGAACUGUACGGGUGAACACGUUGUGUACGAUGUCAGUUGGAAAAAUAAUUCAGAUACCAAAUUAAACUUCACUAUGAACUGUCCGCGAGUGGUGGUGCAAUACAAAUCAAAAAUCUGUCCGACUGAUGUUGAUGAAAACGGUUAUGGAAAAUGUGAAAUUAUUUAUGAAAAUGAAUCCGUCAACGUAACAGCUGAUAUUGGUGAAAAUUACAAAGAAAUUCGCGAUGAAACUCACAUGACUGCAAAUGAUGUAACUCUUGUUUUCAAAGAUCAUGAACUACCAAGCAAUGAAACAGACAAAGCAAAGUAUAGAGAGCCAGUUUUCUCCGCUUUUCUGAAAAAGGCAGACUUAGUGUCUAUAUUAUUUUAAUGUAAGGUAUUGGAGAGAUUGUAAUGUAAUAUUAAAACACAUUUUCUAAUAAA